AUGAAGAAUACUAUCUAAGUUUAGCUAUCGAAAUUUUAGGAGGACUUAGAGAAAAGAUUAUUCCCAGUACACCUGAAGAUUAUGUGAGCAUUUACACUGAUUGUUGGGAUAAUGAACCAGAUAAUCAUCCAUCGAUGAAUCAAGUAGUUGAUGAAUUAUAUGCAAUCAAGACAGAAAGUGAUGAAUAUGAUAAUGAAUCAGAUAAAUCACAUUCUGAAUUAGAUAAUGAAAAUAAUAGUAAUGAACUGAAUUAUUUCGAUCUUGAUAAUGGUGCUAUUUAUGGUGCUAUUGUUAAUAAGAAAUCACGUGAAAAUUCUAUACCCCACACUCCCAAGGAUUAUGAAAUACUUUAUCAAAAAUGUUGGGAACAAGAACCUAAAGAUAGACCAUCCAUCAUAGAAGUAUUAGAGGAAAUUUCGAUAAUGAACUUUGAAGACAAAUCAGUUAAAGAUCAAAUUACAAAAGAACUUUGUCUUGUUAUGGAAUAUGCGGAUGGUAGUAACCUUCAAUGUUAUCUUAAGAAUAAGUUUAAAGUUUUAUCCUGGAAUAAUAAGAAAAAUUUAGCAUUUCAAAUCGCAGAUGGAUUAAAUUAUUUACAUAAUGAAAAUGUCUUACAUAGAGAUCUUCAUUCGAAGAAUAUAGUUAUUCAUAACGAUAAUGCUAAAAUUACAGAUUUUGGUAUUUCAAAAAUUGAAAAUAAUCCUACUAGGCACCUUGGACCAUGUGGUAGUUCCGCUUAUAUGGAACCACAGAUACUUAAAGAUCACAAGUUUAUAUAUAUUAAAGCAUCAGAUAUUUAUAGUUAUGGUGUAUUGAUGUGGGAAAUUUCUAGCGGAUAUUCUCCAUUUAAAGGACUUGAUAAUUUGGCUAUUCAAUUUGCUAUAGCUUUUCAUGAAGAUCAUUUCGCAGAAACUUCAAAUAAUAGCAACCCUAAUUCAGGAUCACAAAUCGAUAAUGCUCAAAUUGAUACUUAUAAGGAUCUUUCUGUUCCUUAUAAUUAA